AUGGAGGAAAAGAAAUGCAUUGAAUCUCUUGUUAUUUUGAGAACACGAGUGGAGCAGGAGCGGUUUCCAGUGGAGUGGCCCGUUAAAAGCAUACAGUUAAGCAAUAUUCAGCUGAAUGUGCAAACUGCAAUCUAUCGAGCUGGAGAGGACAUAAAAUGUGGGUGUUUGCAAAGUGAUCAUGAUGAUGUAGACACUGAAUGAUCAACAGUGAACUUGCUAUUUGGAGAUAAAUGACUGGAUGUGGUUCAGAGGAUGAUUGCUGCGGUUACUACUAGCUGGUUUAUUUUUGGGAUGGAAAUCAGCUGUUUGCGUGUCGAGACCCCGAGACUACCCUCUUGUUGAUGAAUAAGACACAAGGACACAGAUAUUAGGUUAAUGCUAUUGGGCAAAUUUAGGCCACAACUUUAUUGGUUACAGAAUGUGAGCAGUAUUGGCUUAGGCAUUGGAAUUGACCAGACUAUAUCUGACUCCUGCCCGUCAUGCAGGGAGUCCUGUAAGGGUCAACCACUGGUAGGGGGAGCCCUGUCGAUGCAAACCAAUUUUAGCUCCCUCUGGGUUCCUGACGGGUUCGUGGCAUGGCCCUAGCCCAGCUCCGGACUUCAGACAAGAUCCACACCCCCAGAUUCCUUUAACGGAAUACCCUUAAGCUUGGAGGGGCAGGUGAUGGCCACACCUCCCCUCCCCCAUCAUAAGAUCAACCAAUGCCGAACCGCCAAACCUUACAAAGUUGCGACGAUUGCUACGAGGUAGGUGAAAACCAAAUGGCCCAAACCAAUUUGCCAAGUGGAAGAAUUCCUACCAGGCCCCUCAACGGCAACCAACCGAGGUCCAUAGCAAGGCCAAAUUUGAAACCUGAGAAUAGGGAGGGAGGGCGGGGGAUCAAGGAAGUGAGCCAAGAGGAAGCUCUCCAGCUCACACCUCAGUUUAAAUGGGGCCCGGCCACCCCCCCCCCCCAGCCAGCAGAUUUGCUGGCAGGCGAAUGAUAUUUGCUGGGAACCUCUGGGGGAUGCAGGACUUCGUCCCCCGCCCCUGGAGGGGAGUGGGUGGCCACGUGGUCCACAACAACUCCUCCCCCACUGGGAAGAGGAGUGGAUUUGCAGUAUGUUCUGAUAUCUUUUAGGCACUUACGUCAAUAUAGCAGGUGGCCAUCUCUGGAGAAAUGUACAAUUUCUUUAAUGAGGCUGGUUGUUUAAGCGGGGCUGAGAAGCUUUGAUACUGCAGACUUCCAUCAACCCCAGCCAGCAAAGCCAGAAGUCAGAGAAGGUAAUAGACAUGGCUAACUUCGGUAGAUUAAUUUCAGUGGGUCUACUCUGAGUAGGAUUUAGUUGAAGACAACCCACAGUCAUGGCUCAUUGUUAUGCUUCUCAAGGAAGCAGGCAUGACAAAACAAAGAGUAGGAGCUUUUGCCUCAAUGCCAGGCUCUCUUGGCAUUGAGGAAAAGACCCGAUUGCCAUCUUAUUCUUCUGUUGCUCACUGUUUGCAUGCAAAACAGCUACAACAAAAAGCAUAUGCCAAUGUCUAAAGCAAGGAACCUGUGGCUUUCCAGAUGUUUUUGGAAUGGAAAUCCCAUCGUCCCUGGCCACUGGCUGGGUCUGAUUGGAGCUGGGAGUCCAGCCACAUCUGAAGAGCCAUAGGUCCAUCCCUGGAAUAAACAAUUCCUCAAAUAUGCAUUUUAGUGACAGAACUUGCUGCCAGCUUUCAGAUUUGUAUUAAGUCUGCCUAGGGCAUUGUGGUUCAACCUUUCCAGUACUAUGCCUACCCAAAGCAGUAGCAGGUUGUUAAGACAGCAAGCUUUUGCCUGGCAUCGUAUUCAAUAAUCAAGUUUUUCCUGUUUGAGCAACAUUUUUGGUCAUGGCAUCAGUUGGAGUACCUGUCAAAUAAUUGGUUGUACAGGAAACAAAAGCGUAGGAGGUGGCAAUUGCUCCUGGUACUUGUGUUUGAACUUCAUGGUAGUGAUCAGUCACUACUUUACCCUGCAGGACUCUCCUAAUGAAUUAAGAGUGAGCUUGUCAUUUCUAUUCAGACAGACAAUGAACUGCAUACAAAGGGGGAAGAACCACCCAUCACCUCGCUCUUUGUUUUAUUGUUUCGCAGACCCUCUGCAUGAUCUGGUAAGUUUUACACAACUUGAUGCUGUUUGCAGUAAUUUGUUUUUUCUUGGAGCAAUUUGUCAAUAGCACUAUCGCUAGCAAGAAGCCCUGACAUUCUGUUUUGAGCUCUUUUUUGGUGUUCCUGCCAGGGAAAUGACACUCCCAAUUUCUUGCUUUCCUCCUCAGGAUUUGUAGAACAGGUGUUUCAGCUUUUCUUCAAGCUGUUAUUACUUGGAAGUGAUUUUCUCCUCCUCCUAAAGUAAGCUGUUGGUGUUGUGGGGCCACGGACAACUUAUUUCUAUACUGAGCAUUUUUCAUUAGUGUUCCUCGUAGUUAAGAAAGCAUUUACGGUAUUUACAUAUUUUAUUAGCUGGUUGACCUCUGCCUGGCUUUCCAGAGAUUAGGCUCUGUAGAGGAGAGGAUAACUUUGAGAACUUGUCUUAAGAGGGGGGUGGAGGUAGGAAGUCUGGAGCAUUCCACUGUCCCAUUAGCUCAUGAGUGUCUAAAACAGGAGCUCCAGUAGAAAAGGUGGGGAGAGUGAAGAGGAUGAAUACUUGAAGCCAUUUCGGAGUAUCCAGAGAACAGAAGGUUUCUCUGCUGGUUGAGAGUUUGGGCCACUAGUAAAUCCUCCAUCCAAAUCUGUAGUAUGGCAUUUGGGCAUGCAAGUGGAGGACCGAAAGCCCACCCCCACUGUAAACAGUGUGCGUCUCUGGUCAGAAGGGUCAGCGAUAGCAGUAGCAGCUAGCAUAUACAUGUUUUAGCAAGAAUUGGCGCUGACCAAUGUUUGGCUCUUUCAGGUAGAAACCCAAUGCUGGUAGUGGAAGUUUACCUAUUAUUAUGCUAAUUCAUGUAUUCUAUUUGCAGCUGCUGCUUCCCAGUCAGUGCCAGGCCCCAGAAGUAAGGAGGGAAAGGCAAUACUUUAUUUUAAAGGAAAGAUGCUAGCGCACCCAAACCCAACACAACUAAGAAGGAAAUGCUAAAAAUGAACAAGUUUACAGCUGAUUAAAGUGCUUUGUUGAUGGGCAAGAGAGGGAAGGAACUAAAUUCACAUGAGCUGUAUGCUCUGGGCUAGAAUUCAUCAGCUCGCUGUGUAACCCACAUAAUGAGAUGAUUGGGGUGAUUUUGGUUGCACGCUCCCAUUCCUGAGUUUGAACAUGCUUCUGAGUCAUUCUGUGGCCUGUUUUUACAGGAAGUUAAAAGCACAGCCUGCCCUCCUUAUACUUUCUGAGAAAGAAAUUUCAGAGUUCAAGAGGGGGAGGGUUAAUGAAGUUGUUUUGGCUGAGAGUAGAGCAUAAGUACCUUCUUUCCGUGAAAAUUAAAAACCAGAGCAUGCUUGCCUUCACAGAGGGUACUUCCAGAAAAUGGGUAGCAGUGGCAAGGAAAAGGUAAGAUUGCCUAGAUGCUUGACCUAAUAUUUGUCUGAACUUUGGCUGGUCAUACCCAGGGACACUUUUCUCAUGUUCCUCUUUUUCAGACCUAAGAGAACAUGAUUUUCCUAACAUCCCAAUAUUAUGCUUAUUUGCUCAGAAAUAAAACCUGCAACCCUUUGGUUCUAUAAAAGGCAAAGGCAUGUGUUCAGUGGGGGGAGGGGAGGCACACAACACAAACACAACCUAGCAGCAUGUGCUAAAGGUUGGUUAUUUGUAUUGUACUAAAGUCGAUGGGGCUACAUAACUUGAAGAAUUUUCUUUAAGUUACAAAUGAGGUAGAAUGGAAGGGCAAUGUAAUAUUUCAUUUUAAAUACAAUCUGCACUAAAAAAAGAGAGCAAGAAACGCAACUGAACUUUGAAAAAACGUAUGUCCAAACUGUGUCUGUUAAGAACUACAAUGAAUACGUUUUCCCCCCUUUUUGUUUCACAAAUGCAGUUAUUUAUUUAUAACAUAUUAAAAUAUAAAACAUUGUCUAUCUGAUCAAUUUUACAUAGAAAAUAUGAAUACAGUAAUAAAAUACUGAAAAUAUUUGAAGCACCAGAACAUUAAGAGCAUUAAUUGGCAUAUGCUUAUGAAUAUAUUCUGAAAACAUUUAACAAAGUGAAAUUAAAUCUAAUCCAACUCACUGAUAAGCAUUUUAAAAAAUAAUAAUUUGAGACUAGAAUUAUUCUAUAUUUUGUACUUACAGUUGACUUGCUGA